AACACCUUUAUAUGGCUCACGUCUGACAACAUGCACCACCAGUGGCUGCUGCUAGCUGCAUGCUUUUGGGUGAUAUUCAUGUUCAUGGUUGCUAGCAAGUUUAUCACGUUGACUUUUAAAGACCCAGAUGGCUACGGUGCCAAGCAAGAACCAUUGAUACUGACAGCUGUGACAAAAGUGGAGGAGGUACAUGUGCCAGCGGAAAAACACUGGCCUGAAGAAUUCCAGCCAACUGGAAAAGCCUUUUCUGGAAGUCUGAUCCGCCAGGCCCUGGUUCAUAUGGAAAGACUUGAGCUUCUCAGGAAUGUCUGCAGAGACGCUGCGUUGAGAAAUCUCUCUCACACUGCAGUUUCCAAAUUCGUCUUGGACCGAAUAUUUGUGUGUGACAAGCACAAGAUCCUGUUUUGUCAGACGCCAAAAGUGGGCAACACUCAGUGGAAAAAAGUCUUGAUCGUUUUAAAUGGAGCAUUUUCUUCCAUAGAAGAGAUCCCAGAAAAUGUCGUACAUGAUCACGAGAAGAAUGGCCUUCCACGCUUGUCCUCCUUCAGUGACUCUGAAAUUAAAAAACGACUGAAUUUAUACUUCAAGUUUUUUAUUGUUAGAGAUCCAUUUGAAAGACUUAUUUCUGCAUUUAAAGACAAGUUUGUGCACAAUCCUCGGUUUGAACCUUGGUACCGGCAUGAAAUUGCUCCUGGCAUCAUUCGUAAAUAUAGAAAGAAUCGCACAGAGACCAAAGGGCUGCAGUUUGAGGACUUUGUGCGCUAUCUGGGUGACCCUAAUCACCGAUGGCUGGAUGUUCAGUUUGGUGACCACAUCAUUCAUUGGGUAACGUACGUGGAACUCUGCGCCCCCUGUGAAAUCACGUAUAGUGUGAUUGGACACCAUGAAACCCUGGAGAACGAUGCUCCAUAUAUCUUGAAAGCAGCUGGCAUAGACCAUCUGGUAUCAUACCCAACGAUUCCACCAGGCAUAACAGUGUACAACAAAACAAAAGUAGAGCGGUAUUUUUCGGGAAUUAGCAAGAGAGACAUAAGACGCCUCUACGCGCGGUUUGAAGGCGAUUUUAAACUCUUUGGUUAUCGGGAGCCAGAUUUCCUGCUUAACUGACGCCUAGGGUAAGCUCUGAAGAAGUAUCUUGUGGAUUAAUCUAAACCUGUGUGAAUACCAGCUGCAGCACUGGCAGAGCUGAGAAUGACCAUUUGUUUUCUAGCUUUUUGAUGUUGCGCCAUUUUUCAGUGAAAUAUUUGUCAUAUGAACAAGUAGGGGCUUAUAGUUGUUGUUUACUGACCAUGUUUUCAAUACGCAGCAUUGCAAUCUGUUAGGAAUGAAGCCUCUGUUAUCUGAAAGGCAGAAUUCCGCUUCUCCCCUCUUCCCUCCAGGAAAAAAGAGGGAGAACGAAUGAGCUAUGAUCUUCCCCUCCCUCUCCCAGACAGAAUGCCAUUUUUAAAAUGUUGUGAAGUAUUUAUAAAGCUGGCAAUUUCACUGUAGGUUAACUCUGACGUGUGGGUGAACUUCAUGAUUCAUGCUCGUGAGAAAGGCAUGUAGUCUCCCAUGAGCUUUGAAAAUGAGAGGCCAGUACGGGACUAAAAAUUGAUUAAACGCUUGACGAGUAAAAUCAUCUAGGCUGCUAUAAUAACAGUAAUGCUGAUCUAAUCCCAUUUUUGUUUGUCACAAAAUGAACCUAAUUAGACAGAAGCUUUAGAGGUGUUGAAAAAGGGACUGGUUUCAGAGUCCAGUUGUCUUUGUAUUUUUGUCAAGUGUUUACUGUACUUACUAUUGGUCUAUUGAGCCUCAUAAUUCUUUUGAUUUUCAAAAUAUUAUUUAACUCCUGGCUAUGUAGGUUAUCUAAGAACACCAGAUGCAAGUGGAGCAUAGAAGAAAUACAAAACAGCUAGGGAAACUUUAAGGAAAAUUAAUUUAAAACAAAGUAUUAAUUGUAUUUGCAGGAGCACAUACAGAAGUCAUGAGGUGCUCUCUAAGUAUCACAAAAUUUAACUUGUUUUGUCUUCUAACAGUUAAGGUUAAUAAAGAAGCCACAAAAGCAGGAUGUCAUAU